UAUCAUAACAUGUGUUUUCUGAUUUUCAAGCCCUUGACGAUUAUAAUAUUAUAGCAGCAAAAAUUUUCUGAAAUCGUUUUUUUACCUUUUAACCUCUUGUACGAUAUCGGCGCUAUAGCUGUUCGUUAAUCGAUCGUAACUACAUACGACAAAGAUGUAUUCCCGUGCGGUAGUCCGUUCGUUUCUAGCGCGUUCGCCCGCGUACAACAAACUGGCGGCCAACAGCUCUACCUCAACGGCGGCCGUUUUCCAGGCCGAGCCGAAGCCUCCCGUACAGGGUGUGAUGCAAGUGCGCGAAGACAAGAUCGUCGGUCGCGACAUUGUUGGCUACGGUCUGAACGGUGAAGCACAAUACUUCGACACCAUCACCUUCCCGUUCCCCAGCGUUAGGUUUAUGAAGAACACCCCCGAAAUAUUGGCUCUGCGCGAGAAAGAAAAAGGAGACUGGAAAAAAUUGACUUUAGAAGAAAAGAAAAAAUUAUAUAGAGCGAGUUUUUGCCAGACAUUGGUUGAAGUAGAUGCACCAACUGGUGAAUGGAAAGCUGUAUUUGGAUGGGUCUUUGUCUGGGUAGCAGUUGCCGUUUUUUCUUUCGUUGGAGUCCGUAAAUUCUUGACCAGCACUGCUGAUGAUCCGUCGUUGUCACUUGAGCAUCGUCAAGCCCAACUGAAACGUAUGAUUGAUUUACGAGUUGAUCCAAUUGACGGUUUAUCCUCAAAUUGGGAUUACGAAAAGAACACAUGGAAGAGUUAAUUAUUCCGACCUUUUGUAUUAUAUAUAUUUUUUUUUUUUAUUGAUAUAUAGGUAAUAUAAAUUCAUAAUAGUCAACUGUGAGGAAUAAAAUAAACAGACUAUGUUAAUGUAAAACAAUCUGUGUGUAGUUUAUUUAAUAAAAUACAAAUAAAUAAUAUCAGUGGUAUUA